AUGUCGGCCGAGCUCGCGCCCGAGGCCCAGCAGACCACAACUGCUGCGCCUGCAAACCCAGCGCCGGCCAAGGAACGGCACUCGCUGACUCUGGACCAGCGACGCGCUUUGCGGCGAUGGGCCAAUUCCCAGCCGGUGCGACCCAGCCAUAAGGCCUGCAUCGAGUGGUUCCAGAACCAGUACAACCAAACCAUCUCGCAGUCGACCGUGUCUCACUCACUGUCACCAAAGUAUGCCCGACUUGACACUGACACGAGCCUGUCCGGGUCGCGUCUACGCUUUGGCAAUUGGCCUGAUGUCGAGAAGCUUGUUUUGCUGUGGCACCAGCAAAUGGUAAACCAAGGCCGCCACCCAUCCAAUGAAGAGCUCGCCGAGAAGGCCAAGCAGAUCUUCACUCAACUGCCGCGCUACAAGGACGAAACCCCCCCGGAGUUUUCCCCGGGCUGGAUUCAUCGCUUCAAGAAACGCUACGGCUUGCUAAUUCGUCGCCAGCGCCGUCACGGCAGCGUAGUUAACCCGGGUGAGGACCUCAAUUACCUCGCCGAUGCCGUCCCGCGCUUCAUGAACAUAACCGCCGACAUCUCCCCGGCAGCCAUCCGUGAAACCGUCCAGCGCGUCAUCGGCGUCGAGGCCAGCCUGACAACCUGUGCUCGCGUCCGCGACGAGAUCAUCCGCCGCAUGGAGAACCCGCAGGUGCCGUCCACCCAGCAGCAGCCGAACGGCCCUCCCAGCACCAACGGCGACACCCCAAUGUACAACCCCGAAGAAGACCCCGAAGUCGUCUUGCAGAACGCCCUGCGCGCCCUGCAACAAGAAGAAGCCGAAGCCGAAGCCCACGCGGCCGCAGUCCGUGAAGAGCGCGAGCGCGCCGAGCGUGGCCUUCCUCCCCUCGGUACCAUCGCCGGCCAGACCUACGCUCAACAAGCUGCUGCGGCUGUUGGUGCCCUCAACGCCCCUCCUGUCACGGGCGCCAAUACUGCCAGGCCCAACGUGGCCCCCACGACGGCCGCCGCGGCCGCGACCCCCGCUGCUGCUGCGACGGCUACUAGGUUCAUUCCCGUUACGCCGCAGCCUGCGUCGACUGGCAGCGCGGCCACGGGUACCGAGGAUCUCACCUUGACACCUAUCCCUAGUGGUGCGCCGGUGUCGGCGACUGAGAGGCCUGUCCGGUGCCCGUUUUGUGUCAAUCAGCGCAUGCUGAGGACCAUCAAGGAAGCCGUGGAGCAUAUGUCUACCCAUGUGAUUGUGUAA